UAAUCUUAUAAAAAAAAUAAUAUUAAAAAAAUGACAACUUAACCUCACUUUUUGAAGUAGUGAAUUUUUUGGCAAAACCCUUCGAAAAUGGCUCAAACUAAAAAUAAAACCUCCGUUAAUCGGGUCAGGAAAGCUUCGCCGAUGUCGUUCGACCUAAAACGCUACUUAACCAUGGAUUUUAUCAAAGAUUUACUUUAUAACCCCAAAAAAUUGUACAUAACGUGUUGGGCUUUGUUAAUAUUCGAGGUAUUUCUAAAUAUCUUCAUAAUCCAAAGGAUUAAAUACACGGAAAUCGAUUGGAUUGCUUAUAUGCAAGAAGUUGGAGGGGUUUUAAAUGGAACGUUAGAUUAUAGCGAAUUAAAAGGUGAUACAGGCCCAUUGGUGUACCCGGCUGGUUUUGUUUACAUUUAUUCGUUACUUUAUUACAUAACGAACCAAGGGGAGAACAUCCGAUUAGCUCAAUAUAUUUUUUUAUCGCUUUAUAUCCUACAAAGUUACAUAACAUUUGAAAUUUACAAGAAAACUCAAAAAAUUCCUCCAUAUGCAUUAAUUUUAUCUACAAUUACAUCAUACCGGAUACAUUCCAUUUAUGUUUUGCGUUUAUUCAACGAUCCUUUCGCCGUAUUCUUUUUUUACUUAUCCUUAACAUUAUUUUUAAGGAAUCAAUGGAUUUUGGGGAGCAUUUUGUACUCAUUCGCGGUUUCCAUAAAAAUGAACAUCUUAUUGUACGCCCCAUCUUUAUUAAUAGCUUAUUUAACCAACUUAACGUAUCUCCAAACCAUCUUAAACCUCUUUAUUUGUGGGGUGGUCCAAUUAAUUUUGGGCGCCCCAUUUUUAUGGGCGAAUUUUUGGGGCUACAUCAAAGGAAGUUUCGAUUUGGGGCGAAUUUUCGAGCACAAAUGGACGGUUAAUUACCGAUUUUUACCGCGGGAUUUGUUCGAAAAUAAAAAUUUUCACGUCGCGUUGUUGGUGGUACACGUUUCUUUGUUAAUUCUGUUUUAUUCGAGCGUUAAGAAAUAUUUUAGCGCUUAUUUUACGAUAAAAUCGACGUUGGAUGAGAUAAAAACGAACACAAAGGGUGCUCGAAAAGGGAAAAAAUUAAAACAAAGUAAAAGUGUUAAUAAAGAGGAAGAAAAAUUGAGUAAAGAUCAACAAAAAUUCAUCGAUAACUUUGAGAGGCAAAUAAAAUCGAGGAAUAAAAUUAAAAAAGAUGAAGUUAAACCAGAAAUUAAAGAAACAAUGGAAGUCGAUUUCUCUAGUGUAACUAGAUUAUUCGUUUUGCCGUUUUUUGUGGCGAAUUUAAUCGGGAUUACUUGCGCUAGAUCUUUGCAUUACCAAUUUUAUAGCUGGUACUUUCAUAGUUUGUUGUACCUCGUACAUUCGACUCCUUAUCGGAAGCCGAUUAUAUUUUUGUUGUUAGCGGUUGUUGAAUUUUGUUGGAAUACUUACCCCAGCACAAACAUAUCGAGCGCUUUAUUGCAUAUUUGCCACUUUUCCAUCCUAUAUGGUGUCUACAAAGUUAUGAACCAAAAAUGAGUUUUUAUGAAUAAAAAUUUUUUGUUACA